AUGUUAAAUUCCAAUACCAGCCAUUCGUUUUCAACACCAACAAAUACAACAGGGCAUCAAGAAAAUAAUAAGGAAAAUCAUGAACUCUAUGUACUGUCGGAGGAUGAGAAGAAUUCGGAUUUGACGCUCGAAGAAAUGUAUCGGAAACACUUGAGAGCCAAAGAUCAUGAUAUAACCAUUGAAGAUUUACUUGAAUCGGAUGAACAAACAUUAAGAGAUGGAGGAAUUUAUUUAUUUGGUUAUGGAAGUUUAAUUUGGAAAGCAGAUUUUCAAUUUUCACAAAAAUACAGAGGAUACAUCAAAGGAUACAAACGAAGAUUUUGGCAAAUUAGUAGAGACCAUAGAGGUAAUUUUGAAUUUCCAGGAAGAGUACUCACAGUUGUGACAGAAGCAGAUUACAAAAAUCAAAUUUUAAAAUAUGGAGAGAAUUCAAAACUAGCAAUAGAGGAAAAAGAAUUUGAUGCAAAGGAUGUAAAUUUAUAUGGAAUGUGUUAUUUAAUUCCUCGUGAUCUUGCAUUAGAAACUUUUAAAUUAUUGGACUAUCGAGAAAAAGGAGGUUAUUUCAGAACUCUGACCACGUGUUAUCUGGUCAAAGAUGACAACUCUAUUGAAGAAAAGAAGGCAAUUCUCUAUGUUGGUUCUAUCAAUACACUUGAAAAUACAGAGUUUAUUGGUCCAUCUGAGAAUGGCCUUGUGGAUGAUGCUACCAUAAUUUGUAGGGCAAUUGGACCCAGUGGACCAAACAAGGAAUACCUCUUCCAACUCACAGAACGAUUAAGAUCUGAAUUUGGAGAUUGUGAAAACUAUCUCAGCACUUUGGAAAGAACUGUAAAAUCAUCCCUACAAGAGCAAGAUCCAAUAGAUAAGAAUCGAGUGUGA